CGCGAUAUUUGCCCGCGGCGGCGGCUGCUUGGCGCUGGCUAGCCCCUCGCCGAGCCGGCACUAUGGCAGCGCUGCGGGGUCUCCUGCGGUGGCGGCGGUGUCGCUUCCAAGGCGUCGGCGGCGACGGCGGCCCCGAGCCGGCCCACGGCUGCCGGCGGCUGCGGGGCUCCAGCGCUGGCUCCGGCAGCGACGGGUGGCCCAGCGGAUUGAGCGUCGCGGCGGCGGCAGGGGCUGCCGGCGGGGCGCUGGGCUGGUUCCUGCGGGAGCGCUUCCACGAGGAGCGGCCGGCGACGCGGGGCGGGCUCGGCGACGCUGCGCAGGGCCGAGGGCUGCUGCCCAUCCCUGUAGCUGCGGCUGCCAAGGAGACGACGGGCACAGAAAACAGGCCCGAUUAUGAAGAUCUGGGUGUUUAUGCAACCUCCCGGGAACAGUGGUUUCGUAUGUUUGCCAGUUUAGAAUUUGAGGGCCAGUUGUUCAUGACACCAUGUGAUUUCAUUCAGUCUUUAACGAAGGAUGAACCAAGACGAACAAAACAAUUGAGGUCCCUUUCAAAACAGGAAUUGAAUCAAAUACUUGUAGAAACUCCACCAAUUUGGAAAGGGUCGUCAAAGCUCUUUCGCAAUCUUCAGGAGAAAGGUGUGAUUUCUUAUACGGAGUAUCUGUUCUUGUUAUCGAUCUUAACAAAGCCACAUGCUGGUUUUAGAAUAGCUUUCAACAUGUUUGAUACAGACGGAAAUGAGAUGGUGGACAAAAAGGAAUUCUUGGUGCUGCAAGAGAUAUUCAGGAAGAAAAAUGAGAAGAAGGAAAGAAAAGGAGAUGAAGCAAAACAUGCCAUGCUGCAUCGUCAGCUUUACGGAUACCACACUUCUACUAAUGCUGUGCUUAAAACAGAAGGAGAGGAGCUUGUUCCAAGAAGCUAUUGGGAUACUCUGAGACGUAGCACAAGCCAGGCACUCUUUUCGGACCUAGCAGAGCGCGCAGAUGACAUCACUGGUUUGCUGUCGGACACUACCCUGCUGGUCCACUUUUUUGGCAAGAAAGGAAAGGCUGAACUUAACUUUGAAGACUUUUAUAGGUUUAUGGAUAACCUUCAAACUGAAGUUCUUGAAAUAGAAUUCCUUUCCUACUCUAAUGGGAUGACUACCAUCAGUGAGGAAGAUUUUGCACACAUACUUUUAAGAUAUACAAACGUUGAAAAUACAGCAAGUUAUUUGGAAAAUGUGCGUUGUACUAUGCCAGAAGAACAGGGUAUUACAUUUGAUGAAUUCAGAUCAUUUUUCCAGUUUUUGAACAAUCUGGAAGACUUCGCAAUUGCAAUGCAAAUGUAUAACUUUGCAAACCGUUCAAUUGGACAAGAUGAGUUCAAGCGUGCUGUGUAUGUUGCUACGAGUCUGAAGCUUUCAGCACACUUAGUGAGCACGGUCUUCAAAAUCUUUGAUGUAGACAAAGAUGAUCAGCUGAGCUACAAAGAAUUUAUCGGUAUCAUGAAAGACAGAUUGCAUCGAGGAUUCAGGGGUUACAAAAGCAUACAGAAGUACACUACUUUCAAAUCCUGUGUGAAGAAAGAACUCAAUAGCAGAUAAAAAUGGAAAAUCCUAAGGACAGUUGGAAGGAUUACUACGUUUGUGUGAUGACUGUAACCAGCGAGCACUUCAGAAAACUUUGGAGGCAGUUUUGAAAUCAAGAUCUGUUGAGAUGAACUCAAACACAAUUCCACCUUAAGUCACCAUUGCUGCACCUUUUAUUUUUUUAAUAUUUUUUUGACCUGGGAAAGCUGAAUGAGGAAAGAGCAGAAAACAAUAAAGCUGCAUAUCUACAGUCUGUAACAGCGUACAACAUUUUAUCAUCUUCAGCUGCAAUCCUGCAAGUGCUUUGCUGCUAUUAUAAGUUUCAUUCACCUUUCUAGGAUGAGUGACUGUGACCUGGAGAGUCAUCCUGUUGGAAUUUUUUUUUCUAAGCAAUCGUAUGUAAUAUUUAAAGAACACUUUUGCCCUAUUUCAGAACAUUAUGUGUGGAGCCACUCAGUUUGCUACAUACAACCCUUUCAAAAAAGGUUUCAGUCCUGUUUAUCAGCAGUUUGGCAAGGAAGGAAAAAGGCCAGCCUCUUAUUCCUUCUUCCAAACAUCUGUCUGGUAGAAUUUAACCUUUUCUUUUGUUCAAUGUAUUGUCGAAGGCCUUCACGGCCGGAUUCAACUGUUUGUUGUGGGUUUUCCGGGCUGUGUGGCUGUGGUCUGGUAGAUCUUUCGUUCGUUUAAAGGACUUGGCAUACACAGUUACAUUUUUAAGGAACUACCCACAGACCAUCCAUCUGUAUAUCCAACUGGGGAUAAGCCUGGUGAAUGUUUAGUUUCCUAGGCCAUAUCCAGCCAUUCCACUUUAAAUGUAUUAGAUCCAAACGUUCACAAAAAUGUGAAUGUGUUCUAAGAAUGUAUUUUAAUGGUAUGGUAUUUAUUUUAUUUUGAAAUGUCAAUUCUUAAUGUAAUUUUACACUAGUGAAUGUGCCUCUAAUAACAGCUAUCAGGAAACUAUCUCCAUGAGAUAUUAUAAUGUGAACAUACCUUCAGUAGGUAAUGUGAGAUAGGCUUGUCAUGUAGCAGAAAACAGCAGUGUUGUCGCUGAAAGCUCUGCAGCUGGAUUAUAAGAGGCUAGAUACAAAACAGAUUUUUAUGCUAAUGAAAGGGUUGGCUUAAUUUCCACCAGUUCCUUCUUUCUGAUGAAGACCAAGAGCCCCUAUCCCCAAGGAGCAGCAUUUCAGUGAGAUCAGUAGUCUGCAUUGGGAGAAGGGGAUGCAGGACCAUUCUGUUCCACUGACAGAAGUGCCUUGCAGGAAUGAAAAAUUUCGUCUGGAUCCAACCCCAGAUUUUGAAAUAAUGUAAUUUGAGAAGCUCUUAUAGCUCAAAUUAUUGUUUUAAGCAAUUGACAAGAAAAGUUGAUGUUAUGUUGCUAAGUCUCUGACUUAUUUUUCAAAACACCUCAACACAGCUGUUUUUGUUUCAUUCAGGUAUCUCCCAUUAUCAAAUUAAGUAAAUUAGUAAUUUUGUUUAACAGAUCAUAGUCUUAACUGUUUUUACUUGCACUCAGUCGGGUAAUUCAAGUUUGUUGCCUUUUGAUGAUUUAAUUAUGUACAGUUUUGCAGAAGGGAAAUGUGAAUAUUUCUGAGCCUAUUUAUUCAUUCCAUGUUGUAGAAAUACAUAAUGUGUCAUAUUUUUAAAUUUUCCUUAGAUAUACUAGUAAAUUUGUU